AUGCAAAGGGCGGACUGCCACACAAAACUUAUAUCUACAUUCACAGCUUGCAUUUGGGCCAAAACGGCCGAAUUUUCGUUCGCAUUACCAUCGAAUGAUUUGACACAUGACAAGUUUGUGGUCAAUGCGGCCACUGAAAAGAUAUUAAACGAACUGAAAUUGUCUUUACCAAAUUUGAACAGUGUUGUUGUAUUUUUAGACGGUGCCGCUUCUCAAUUCAAACAAAAGAAACCAAACCUAUUCCUGAAACGCCAAAAAACAGCAACAACAACACAAGAAAAAAAAUUACAAAUAGAAAAAACUUCGAAAAAAUACAGAAAAGAACCAUCUCAUGAAGGCGGGGUCUUCGUCCCGGGUUGGAUAAACGCUAGCACCUGA